AAAUGAGAACAGGGAUCAGUCAGACCAGGCUGAACAGGUGGGCCUUCAGUGUGGGUUUUCUGCCUGAUGCCAAUUGAGAAAUCACGCUCCCAAUAUUGUUGUUACUGCUUUCAGCGAAGUCAUGUUGAGGCUUGUUGGGGAGCUUGUAACUCUUAAGUGUAACUAUUUCUGCAAUGACUACUGCAGUCUUAAGAAACUAAUUUUCCUUAGAAUCAAAACUAGGUUUAAUUUCCCCUACUGAAAAGUAGAAACAAUUUGCUCUAAGGUAGCAUGAUUGGUUAUUUCCUUUCCUCCUGCUGAGCUUUCUUUUCAGAAACUGAAGAAAUCUGUGCUUUGUCUCUGGGCUAGCAGCAAUGAGCCCACAACCUCUGUUAAAUGGCAGACUUGCAGGUUGUAUGAGAGGAAUUCAGACUGCUUUCUACAGUGUUUCAUAAGCAAAGGACAGAGGCCCUGUGGCCUUGUAUCCUGUGUGGAAAUGGUGGCACAGAGUAAAGAGCUGGGCAGGGGAGAACAGAAUGCUGUUGUAAUUAAGUAUUGUUGGUAAGGCACUACAGAAUAAAUUGAAAACAAUUGUCUAACUGUUCCCUCUCUGACUUUAGGCCAGAUUCUCUUGAUUCCAAAUUGUUUUGAGCUUGAUAUCUCCCUUCUAGUGUUUGUUUAGCUUUUCUCCUUGAGUCAGUAUUGGCUUAUGCAUUCUCAGCUUGGAUGAACCUCAUAUCUGUAGAUGAGAUGGCGUGUAUUCCAAUUCUAGGCAAUGCAUUAGAAUAAAAUCUCGUUUCAGAAAACUAAGGAAGUUCUUACACAUCUUAUGUGAUGUAUCUUAAAUACUCUCAGUCUUGAUAUUCCAUUUCCCCUUUGCAUCAAAUGCCAGCUUGCCCUAAAAAGGCAUUCCUUGUAAUAUUCCUUAUAACAUUUUUCAUGGCUGCAUUGUAUUCACACCCUGGGCGAAGCUUUAUUUGUGUUAUUUCCUUAGCAUGUGGCAACUGGUCGAGGUACCUUUGCUGCUCUCGGGAAUGGUUCAGCACUGUGUUGCACAUAGACUAAUAAUUGCAGAGAGCAGUUGUGCUGGCUGAGACCAUAAUAUGUUCUUUAAGGCUUCCGUGAAGCAUUGCUUGUGCCUCACCCAGUUGAUAGUGUUAUCCUAGAGGGCUAUUAGUGGCAGAGCUGAUUGUGUUUCUUUAAAUGAAUGAUGCCAAUGGGAAUGGCAUGUUAGGCAGGGCAGCUGCAAGCUCAUCCUGAAACACAACCACCCUUGGAAACCCUAUCCCUACCCCACUGACCCAUGCAGGCCAACUUCAUACUGUUGACUGACCGUGCUGGUUGCGUCAAUGCCUGAAAUGUUGCUGCUUCCUGGCAGUGGGGUGGAUCCUGCUGGUGUGAUUGAUAAUGUGUUACUCGAAGCAGGGGAAAAGCUGCAUUUACACAUCUUGCCCAUGGCUGACAACACAGGCCUGUUACUCAUGGAGUGAAAGAAUCCUUACUCAAUUGGGAUGUCCAUGCAAAGCACGCUUCUAAGUGCUACGCUCCAGGACUUUUAGACAAUAUAAUAUCUUCACGACAGAUAAAGCUGUGUCCCAACAGCUCACUAUCUUUAGCCCUAUCCCUUGUAUUCACAAUUGUGCUUUGGUGCUAUACCUCAAGCCUUUAGAUCUGAAAUGCUCUGCCAAUGGAGAUGCUGUGUUGCAGAGCCCAUUGCUGGAAAAUAAUGUCCUAUGGAACAGCCUCUUCUGCUGAAAUCCUGGCACUGCUGCCUGUCGCAGCAGAAGGAGACAACCUUUCUCCUUUUUUGUUCUGUGUGAGGGUCACUCUUGUAAGAGCACAGCACAGUGCUGAGCCCUGCAGAUGCCUGGAGUUCUCAGUGAUAAAGCCCGUUGCUCUCCCUCUCCUUUCCCCUCGUUGCACUGGACUUAUCUGGGUGCCUGAGUUAUGUUAAGUGGCGGGUGCGUGCCUGUUCUCCAUUCCCCUUGCUGCUUUUGCUCCUUGGAUUUCAAUUCCAAACAUGGUUAUCCCUCUGGGGUCCCUCUCCUCGCUGCUGCCAAGUGAUAGACGUACCAAAUCCAACCCGGCCGCCCUCCCCGCCGCGCUCUCACGGGCUCAUUUUCACUGCCAGAGGGCUGGCGACAGGAGCAUUGCAACCAGAUCUCUAACUGGGCUCAGAAUUUUCCAGCUAAUGGCCUCUGCUUUCUCUUCGCCUGUGCUUUUUCAGCUUCUGUUUUGCCAGAUCUGUUUUGCUUUGGCGCAGGUAGGGAGAGGGCCGGCCUGAUUUGUGAGCCACAAAAAGUGAGCUCUUUGGGGAUUUUUUCAGGAGUGAAAACAUCUAGCAGUGCUUUAACAUGUUGCCGUGAAGUGUGCUGCUGUGGGACCGGCCGGCACUGAGGAGUGGGAGGAGGAACAGUCACCCAGCAGCUCUGCUUUCAGACCUCUGCACUCUUUGCAUAUGACAGUUGCUUUUUAACUCCAGCCGGCCGGGGCAGGAUGAGCACCAACAGCCCCUCCUGGGACCAAGCUGUCCUCCAGCCUCCUGCCUGUGAUGCCUGGAAGGAGCACAUGGAGGGAGCGGCCUACCAUCUGGCCAGCUGUAUCGUCCUCCUGGGCUACAUGGGCGGCAGCGGCAUCUUCGGGUCCCUCUACAUUUUCGGCCUACUGGCUCCGGGCUACUUCUGCUAUGCUCUGUGGGGCUGGCUGAGCGCCUGCGGGCUUGACAUCUUAGUUUGGAAUGUGCUGCUCGUCCUCAUCUGCGUGCUGCAGCUGGCCCACCUUGCUUACCGGCUUCGCAGAGACACCGUCCCUGAAGAGUUUGAGCUUCUCUACAAGGCCAUGUACCUGCCCUUGCAGGUGCCCCUGGAAGUCUACAGAGAAAUUGUGAAAUGCUGUGAAGAGCAAGUGCAAUCACUAGGCCGAGACCAGAAUUACGCAGUGGAGGGCAAGACGCCCAUCGACCGGCUCUCCUUGCUGCUGUCUGGCAGGGUCCGUGUGAGCCAGGAUGGGCAGUUCCUCCACUACGUCUUUCCAUACCAGUUCCUGGACUCUCCAGAAUGGGAGUCACUACGACCUUCUGAGGAAGGAACGUUCCAGGUCACACUGACAGCUGAAACUGACUGCAGCUACAUCACCUGGCCAAGGCGACAGCUGUACCUCCUCCUGAGGAAGGACCGCUACAUUGCCCGCCUCUUCUCCUCCCACCUGGGCUAUGACAUCUCAGAGAAGCUCUACUCCCUCAAUGAGAAGCUCUUUGCCAAGUUCGGUCUCCGCUUUGACAUCCGCUUGCCCAGCCUCUACCAUGUUCUGGGGCCGGCCUCCUCAGAAGGGGAGCUGGAGGAGGCUGAGGAGCUGCCGUGCUCACCGCAGCCUGACCAUGGGCUGGACGGGGCCUUGGAACCCCCUCCACAGCCUCCACCACCACCACCACCUGCUUCGCGCCCUCGGUCCUCCCGGCCUGAGAGCGACCUGCUGGCCUCUGAGAACCUCCGGAGCCACCUUCCUGCUCCCUGCAAAGGACGAGCUCCCCUGGCUCCCACGCAGACCCCCGAGCUCUAGGGAACAGCAGGCUGUUUGGAUCCCAAGCCCCCCUGGGGGGGUGUGUGUACUCACACUUUUCUGACUAGAUGGACACUGUAGCAUGCACCAAAAUGUCUGCCUGCAUGGACACGGACACUCAGGAGCACAUGAAGCACACGCGUGGGACUGCAGUGACCCUCCAGCACCUCCCACUCCACAAUGUUUGCUUCAACCUGCCAGCCCCAGGAUGAUGAUUCCUUGGUUUGGUUUCUAAUCCUGCCUCUCCAGGGCAUGUCGGCAGCCCUGGUACCAUGGCACAGCGAUAUGGCUGCAAGCAGCAUGAGCUGCUCAUGGGAUCUGCGUUCCCUUUGAUUUAACAAUCCCCAUUAAAGAUAGAGGAUAAGUUGGUGGUGUUUGAAGAUUUGGAGAGGGUGAUAACGCUCCUUAAAGAAUGUGAGGUGGUUUGAAAGCCAUGGGGAAAAGGACAGUGGGAAUUGGGGUGCCUGGUGGCUUUGGCAAUGGGCGUGAUUCAGAAGGCAUGAUAUGGAGACUGGAUCUAUGACAUCACAGUAGUCAUCCGCUCUAGUAAGGCCAGGAAAGCCCUUCUAGGGACUAGGUUUCUCACUGCUGGCAAGCACUGCUUAGCAAAGACAUUACUAACUGCUGGUGAAGGGUCAGUUGUUUGAGUUGAUCCUUUUGCAAUAAGGAAGAGGAGAAACUGGGACUCAGGUGAGAAGGAGAGUCUGAAAUGGCAUUUUUGUACUGAGUGGGGCUUGUUCUCAGGAUGUGCACACAGUGAAGGAAACUCACGAGAGCAAAAAGCAUCUGGGGAAAGCAGCCACUGGUAGGGAGGAGGUAGUACAGCACCUUAGGAGGAAGUGUGGAAAUGGAUUUG